AUGACAUUUCCACUUUCAAAUACUACUCCAUCCACAAUUUGUGGUGGUUAUGUCGAUAUUCAUGGAACAUGGCAUAAUGGAUUUGAUUGUCCAAUGAAAAAUUCUAUUCAAUUAUAUUGUUGUGGUUCGGAUAUUUUAAAAUAUUGUUGUUCAGAUGUGUUACUAAGUCAAAGUGGUUUACAUUUGGAAGAUAAUAAUGAUAGAAAUCCUAAUUUAUUAAAGUCAAAUUUAUUUAUUAAAUCGUAUACUCGUUCAAUGGUAUCUUCGCGUGAAUUUGAACGUUUUCAAUCGUUAUUUUUACCCAUAUUUUUAUUAAGUUCAUCGAUACUAUUUUUAAUUGGUAUUGCUCUUUGGUUUUGGAUGUGGCGGCAUAAAACAUUUUAUUCAAUCGAACAUGAUCAAGAGAUGGACGGUGGUGAUAUUAGUCAUAUUAGAGGAGAAAAUAAUAGAAAUUUUCAAAAUAAUAAUGAUGAAAGAAAAUCAGUAAAUAAUAUAGUCGAUUUUGUUAGACAAAAUUCUUUUAAUUAUCAACAAUCUCAACAACAGUCACAUUUGAGAAAUAACAAUCAGACUAAAAUCAUAUCACCUCAACAUCAUAGUAAUUAUUCAACAAUUAUCGAUAAAAUUGAACCAAUUAGAAGACCAACAGCGGUUUAA